GGCCUGGGCUCCGGUCUUCCCAACGAUGUCGUUUCAAGCCCUUUCCAAUUUCCAUGUCCAAUGAGCACGCCCUUUGGCCGAGGACGAAUUAACUACCGCAACACCCGCUUAACCAUCACAUCCGUACUGUUAACCGCCACCACCACGACGGGUGAUGGCUACGCGGUCUUCACCUCUCCGCCACCUCUUGACCUUUGACGCCAAGUUCUCUCACUUUCUUCAUUCUCUAUUCAACUCAUACCUGCCCGCUUCGCUUCACCUCGUCCUUGAAUUAUCGGCCGACUUCCGCUUUUCCUUUCCCAUUACACUCGCCCUUUGCCUUUCCCCUCUCUCCCCCUCUCUCAUUCCUUUCCUUUCCCCUCUCCUCUUCGGUCUCCUCCUCGACCUCUCCUUCGUCGGCCUAAUUAAGAUCAUUUUCCGCCGUCCUCGCCCUCCCUACAAUCCUCACAUGUCCGCCGCCGUUUCCGCUGACAAUUACUCCUUCCCCAGCGGCCACGCUUCUCGCGUUUUCCUCGUCGCCGCCUUGGUUUCGCUAUCUGCGAACACAAUUGAAGCGGCUCUGGCGGAGUUGAGGGCGAGUGGCGGAUUUGUUCACCAGUGGAUUGCGGGGGACGACACCAAACUGGUAGGGAUUGUGGUGGUGGCCGUUCGUGUGUGGGCGGCAAUGACGGCCUUGUCUAGGGUUUUGCUUGGUAGGCAUUUCCUUAUCGACGUUUUGGCGGGGGCGUGUUUGGGCGUCUUUGAAGGUCUCCUUGCGUUUCAAUUCCUGCGACUUGAGGAACUUUUGAGCCUUUUGCUUUAUCAGAAAGUUGGCCGAGGUCGAAGUUAACUGCUUUGGAAUUGGAGCUUUAGGAGAUGCUUCUCUUGCAAUAUAUUGGGUAGACAUUUCGAAAAUUCUCUAGAUGGCAGAUACAUGUUAAUGAUAUCUAUUAACAAAUGCCUGCAAGGUCUAGAAAAUCAAUUGGUUCAAUAUUCACCAAAGACAUUGAAUACUGGAACAUAAACCACUUUGUAUUUCCAAACUCAUACUCUGUUGAUUUUGACAACUGCUUUUGGUCAGUAAAUGUUUCUUCCAAUUUGUAUAUUCAUUAUUAACAUUGAAUUUGAUCAAUUCUCUAUUUUUUUUCAA